AUGAACACGGUCGACCCGUCUCGCAAAGUCCCCCAAGUCGACCAGUCCGCGCCCAUCGCCGCCACCACCACGACGAGGGUAAUCGACAUGUCGACGUUCGGCCCAACCGCCCCGGCCCCGAGCAGCGGCAAUGGUCGUGUGUUCUUCCACCUCGGACGCAUCGGCCACGAGGCCACGCCGAAGCCAUUUCCCGUGUGUAUCUCUGCUGGAAAAGGCGUCAUCGUCCGAGCAGGCCACUUGCACGGAGCGUGGACCUGUGUACGCCCCUUUGACAGUGAUACGGAUGGAGAUAGCUGCUACUGCUAUUGCUCCGGCGGGGACGACGAACACGAAGUCCCUCGAACCAUCACCUUCCCUGCAGCUCCCGGCGUGGAAGGAGGUGUCGAGCACGAGCACAAGAUCCGCAUCGUGGGCAGCCGGACGAUCGAGUUCUCGGUCCUCGACGCCUCCUCCGCCCAGCCCGCACCCGCGUCCACGCCCCGCAUCGUCAGACUCAAGGUGAAGGCGCUGGUCGCGGCGGCGAACGACGAGUUUUCGCCCACGGCCGGCACCGAGGGCGUGCCCAUCUGGAUCGGCGUCGAUGAUUCCCCUGACAAUAUCUUCCGCGCUGUUCCCGGGGAGCCUGGUUCGUGGGAGGUGAAGUGUGAUAAUGGGGAGGUGGUGAGGUUUUAG